UCAGUUUAUUAUUAGCUCGAGCUCUGCUGCAUUUCGCAUCUAUUAUCGACCAUUGGUCCGUGUGGACUUGAUUUCUCUCAUCAAGCCUUGCUUGUACUCGAAUGGAACAUGUCUGUGGUGCGGGCUGCAUGUGAUCAUGGGCUGUUGAAGAGGCAGGAGGAGGACAUUAAGCCCCAGACGGCGGUGAUUCGGCGUAACCUGUUUGGUCCCGUGGACCACCAGCAGCUGCAGCAGGACUUCCAGAGGCUCUUCUGCAUGAACGUAGAGACCGCCAAACAACGCUGGAACUUCGACUUUCAGAGGGACCAGCCUGUCCCGGGACGAGUCGAGUGGGAAGAGCUGCGCUGCCAGGACGUCCCGGCCUUCUACCGCAGCAGUGUGGUCAGGCCCAGUGUGAUGAAGCAGAUGCUGGAUAGAGAAUCCUUUGCUCGCUCCUCUGCAGCGACGGCCACGGAGAAAUUUCUGGAGCUGCGAAGAAGCUGUGCCGGUUUUAGAGGAACCAAGCCUGAGAAGAGAAUGGCUGCCGUUUUGGGGGUCAAACGCAGACAAGCAAACAUCACAGACUUUUUCAGAGUGACGAAAAGACGGUUUCUUCAUCACAAAGCUUCAGGACAGUAAACAUCCAGUGGACUUUCCUCUAUGUAU